AUGGUUGCUAAGCUCCUUUCCAUCUUUUCACUUUUAAAUCGAAACAUGGCAGACCCCAAAGCUGAACGUACCUUGCUUGCCGUCAAACCCUAUGGUAAGCCUGGUUACAAACUGGUAGCUGGCAAAUUCGUCUGGCCAUCCAAGCAUCUUCUGCACAACCACUAUGCUGAGCUGUCCAGCAAGCCAUUCUUCCCUGGUCUCAUCGAAUACAUGAGCUCAGGCCCUGUUUUUGCGAUGGUUUGGGAAGGCACAGAUGUCGCGAGCAUGGGCAGAAAGAUGCUUGGUGCUACAAAUCUACAGGAGUCUUCUAUUAGAACCAUCCGAGGAGAAUUUAUUGCCUUGUGGUUCACCCCUGAUGAGGUCGUCAGCUAUGGCCUUGCCCAGAAGAAUUGGAUUUGUGAAUAA